GAAACCCAAACACCCCAGAGGUUGUGCCAAAUUCACCAGUGUGGCCAGAAUUAUCAGUGGCAGAACAAAGAUACUUAACCAUCAACAGCGCAUCGUUCGAAGAUAGAUACCACCGGUACACAAAGAUGAAAUUUUGGAAUGAAUACGUGGACAGAUUAAACAAUAGAUUGUUCAAUAUUACGAGUAGAACUGUGUGUCUAACUCCAUCUACAGGGAAAGACUUUAGACAGCAAUUGUUACCAGUCUUAUUGUUUGUACUGAGCCUGUAUAUGCUACACAAUUUUCAAUUUAAUGUUUAUCCUUAAUUAAACAUUUAAAGGAGUAAAAAGAUUCCAUAAAUUAAGAUUUGACAUCGAAUAUGAAUAUUAUGGAAGUAAAUCUGCUACUUGUAAAACUUAUUAACCAACGUCAUUGAUCUUGUAUAUUACCCUUAGGGGCGUAGGAAGGUGUAAAUUCAACACUAUGCAAAAAAUGAAAAAACUGUCAAAUCUUAUAUAUCAAAAUACGUAUUUUAUGUUUGCAAAACAUCAUCUUUAUGGAAAUACUUUUCUAUUAAUGUGGUUAUAUUGUUUUUCAUCAAUGAAUAUCAAGAUAAAAAGCCGAUCUUUGAAAUUUCGACAGAUCUCAUUCUCACUUUUCUUAUGAAAAUGUUUAUUUUCCCGAAUGGUACAGGCGAUCAAUUUUCAUAUUGGUAAUAAAACUAUAUUCCAGAUAACAAUCAUCAAUCGUCAGAUAACUAACGUCAGUUAAUGAGUCCCUCAAGUGUGUUUAGUCUUUUUGAAUGAGU